AUGGCCUUUCUCAGCGACUUGAUUGUUUUCAUCUUGACUUUGUCCUUCGCUUUCCUCGUGCAAUCCGCCUCUUCAGCCGUUCAUUUGCCCCUGCACAGAAGGGGAGGUCGUUUCUCGUACCACGAGUCGGCGAACCUGACCUACCUCGCGUCAGUUGUCCAAGAUGUCGAAGCAAAAUAUGCGCGCAGCUACCGUGCAAUCGAAGGGAAUCGCUUGGUGCGCAAAUGGCACGCAAGCGGGUGCAAGGAUGAGAAUGACCCCGAUGUGAUUGAUGUCGUCGGCGGGCCGAAUCGAUGGUACACGACGAUUGAACUGGGCCACCCACGGCAGAGAUUGGAGGUCGACGUCGACAUGUUGCGUCCCGAUUUCUACACGAUCACAACGGCAAGCAGCACGGGGUCCAGGUACGAAACGUCUGCGUCGCAAAGCUACGGACUCAGUCACGACAGAGCGCAUCCGAUCUGCGUCCGAGCCAGUGACGAGUUCCACUUCUCCCCCAACCUGCGGGCGACGCGCCUCGACUUCCCGACCUGCACGCCGGCCAAGUCGUCACGACUGAGCCUCGUGCGUUCCGGCACGGUCCUCGGCCUCGCGCCGCCGCACGGGGGAUCUCUCGCCCGCCUGUCCUCCUCCCCGCUUUUGACGCAGUUGAGAGACCAGCACGUCAUCGCCGACGAGGUGUGGUCCGUCACGCUGCUGGACACGGAGACCGGGAUCCUCAGCCUCGGCGGCACCGUCGCCAGGGAGGUCGAGGAGGCCAAGAUCCGCGGCGAGGUCGAGUUGAAGCACUUUGGCGACGCCGGGGCCACGGCGGAGUGGGUGGGCGAGCAAGUCGACGCGCAGUUGCAGGCGGUCAUGCCGAGUGAGACGCCGUGGGAGCGGCACUUCAAGUGGACCGAUGUGCAAGGCGCGGCGGGCUGGUGGACGGCUCUGAUGAGGGGGGUGUGGGUGAACGGAGCAAAGAUCCUCAGGAAUCAACCUGUCCUCUUCGACCUCAACGUCCCCGUCAUCCUGGCGCCCUCGAUCGCGGCCCAACGCUUCUACGACGCGAUCGGCGGCACGAAACGCCUGGCCCCGCCCUUCGACGCUUUCUUCGCCUUCCCGUGCUUCAACCAGGUCAACCUCGCGCUGGAGAUCGCCGGGCUCAACCUCCCCGCCAUGCAGGGCCAGGGGACCUGGGCGGACGGCCUGCACGGCCCCGCGGGCGGGCGGUUCAGCCUGGGCAAGCUGGGCGACGGGUCCGGGUACUGCGUGGGCAGCGUGGUGGAGACGCGGAUGGGGCAGAGGCGGGAGUGGCUCGACAGCGGCAUGAAGGACGUGUGGGUGCUUGGGGAACCCUUCUUCCGCGGACUCGGGGUGGUCUUUGAUAUGGACAAGGGGAGGGUCGGGGUCAGGGUGUAUUGA